UAAAAUGACACAUUCACUAUUUAGUACGUCCCGGGAUCUCAACAGUAUCGGUGCUUGCGAAGUGUGGUUGUAGCUGGAAGGUUCCUGUCAAGAAGCUGUUGUAUCUGAAUCUAACAACAUGAGUCCACCAAUCAAGCGGCCGUCUAGCGAAAUAGUAGCCGAGGGCAGUCAAGAUGACGACAUAUCUACACAAGUAGAACCCGCGGCCUAUAAAAGUCAUUUAUGGAACGUAAGGCAGACAAACAUUUCUUAUGUUAGUCUGCCUCCAAAAAAAAGACUUAAGUUUUUGACACAACCGUCUGCGUCUAGACACUGGACAGAGAAGAAGUUAAGGUUUCCGAAGGCAGUAGGAAGCUUUGACUAUGAACUCACAGACGACGAGAAUGAACCUCCAGCUGACCCUGUGGAUCCACAACCAAGUGAGAGUGUCGACGAGAAUGAACCUCUACCUGACCCUGUGGAUCCACAACCCAGUGAGAGUGUCGACGAAAAUGAACCUCCAGAAUCCACAGGGUCACCUGUGGAUCCACAGUCGAGUGAGAGUAUCAGCGAUAAGGAAAACAUCGAAUUAUCCGACACCACAGAAUCUGAGUCGGAAGAUGAGGAUCUCGAACAGGAAAUGGCGAGAAGAAAGACUAAACCUGAUAUGAUGGCGAUCGGUGAUGGUCACGUGUACGUGCCGAAGUGCGUCUUCAAAUGCGUCGACUGGACCUCACACACUAUUGCUACGAGAAAGUUGUUGUUGGCAGUUUUCCCGCGAAGAACGUUGGGAACUAGUUCGCUGACAGGCAAGCGUUCCCCGGCUUUCCCUCACCUGGCGCCGAAGAAAAAAUUGCCCGCCAAGAUGGUCUCCGAUAUCAUACAGACCGUGGCGGAGCGAUGUCGUGUAUCGACAGGCCUAGUGCGCACCGCCAUCACAAGCAAGUGCGCAGACGAAGGGAAAUUGCUAAGAGAGAGCCGGAGAAACUAAUUUUCCAACUUCUAAUUUGAUUAAUCGUGCAUGUCCUGGGGUCGUGGCCGUCUCAGCUCGCCAAGUUUUUUUUUAUUAUUUGACAUUUUUGACUAUGUUUCAAUUUAAUUAAGUUAGUUUAAAAUAAU